CACCUACUCCACGAGCAGAGGGUUCUCAGCACCACCCGCAGCCAGACGACCACGCUGGUUGCCACUACUAGAACCACCAGGGAGCCUCUUGCGCCCACCUCCCGUACGAGGGACUGCCUGCUAAGUGACACUGCAAUGAGCUCCAUGAUCUUGCCAGACGCAGUUAGAGCAGGCCCCACCCCACUCACUAGCGAUGAACACGCAGCCAGCGAAUGCGGUAAACUCCUUCUCGCCUCGCAGGACAGCAGCGCAAUUAUUCAUACAAAAAGCCGCGUUGAGAGCGCCGCAGCUAUGCACAACAAAGGCCUUAAGGUAGGGCGGACGGCCGGUGAGAAUCUGCCGAGCAGUAAUAGUCGUACGUACGAUCACAGGCGAGUAGUCGCGAGAGCCCGGGCCGAAGACAGCAUCGUACGGACUAUUACCGCGAGGGCGACAGAAGUAGUUAAAAACACGGCGAACGUUCUCCUACGCAAGUUAAGACCAGCCGUAUAAGAAGUUAGAGAAGUAUUACGUACAGAAGCAACCGCGUAAAUAC